CUGGGCCAAUUGCAUUGAUGCUAAAUGAGGCUGGCCUGCAUCCAGGUUUCCAUCUCCUUGCAGAGAAGUACUCAGGUAAAGAAACUCCUUCCAAGAAUCCAACCGUAUCAAGUGAGUGUAUAGCCUUAUCUGAAGACAAGGAAAAAUGUUUCGUGCCACAGAAUAUGACUCCAGAUCUGACGCUCUCCUUCAGUGUGAAGAGCCGCUCCAGGAGGUGUGUAAACGGCCCCCUGCAGGAAGCGGCCAGGAGGCGGCUCUGGGCGCUGGAGAAUGAGCACCAGGAGGUGUGUGCCCUGUUUAAGGACCUCUCAGCCAGGUUGGUGGGUAUCCAGUCCCAGAAGGCUCAAUUCCUCAUCACCUUCAAGACCAUGGAGGAAAUCUGGAAAUUUUCUACCUACUUGAACUUAGGUUAUGUAUCUGCAUGUCUGGAACAUCUCCUUUUUGACCAUAAGUACUGGCUCAACUGCAGAUUGGUGGAAGAUACAGAGAUCCAAGUGUCAGUGGAUGAGAAACAUCUGGAAACAAUAUACCUGGCACUCCUGAUACAGGAAGGUCACUUCUUCUGCAGAGCCAUGUGCUCCGUGGCUCAGCCAGCUGAGAAGGAAGGGGAGUAUUUGACGCUUUGCAAGAAGGAGUUAAUCUCCGUGAAGAUAGUUGAAGGCGAAUCUGAGUGGGAGGGCGUGUCCUUGGUGACGGGUCAGCGGGGCCUGGUGCCCCUGUCAGCUCUGGAACCUCUGCCGCUCCCUUUCCACCAAUGGUUCCUAAAGAAUUACCCAGGAAGCUGUGGCCUUUCCAGGAAGAGGAAUUGGACAGGCUCCUAUCAGAUCGGCAGAGGAAAAUGUAAGGCCUGGAAGGACUAUGAGAGGGAAGAAAAGGAUGAGCUGACUUUUCACCAGGGAGAAAGCAUUGAGAUCAUCGGCUUUGUCAUACCUGGGCUUCAGUGGUUCAUUGGGAAGUCGACGCGCUCAGGAGAAGUGGGCUUUGUUCCCACCAGGAACAUAGAUCCUGAGUCUUAUUCCCCAAUGAACAAGAGUUCUGCCUUUUUCAGUGACGAGGAAAGAUGCUCUCUGUGGGUCCUGGGAAGUGAUAGGAAAGCUGAGUGUGCCAGCUUCCUCCACACACUUGCUCAUACUGACAUCGCGUCUGUCUACCGGCUUAGUGGGUUUGAAUCCAUCCAGAAUCUUCCAAACGAUCUAAGUGCGUCCCAGCCUGAAGGCUUUAAGGAGGCCAGGCCUGGUAGAGGCUGGGAAGAGCAGCUGGCCGUGGGCUCCAGACAGUCCAGCAGCUCUGAGGACUCCAGCCUGGAGGAGGAGCUCCUCUCAGCCGCCUCGGACAGCUACCACUUGCCGGAGCCUGAUGACCUAGAUGACCCAGAACUGCUCAUGGACCUAAACACUGGUCAGGAAGAGGAGGAGGCUGAGAACUUCGCCUCCAUAUUGGCUUUUUUGGAUCACGAGGGUUACGCUGACCACUUUAAGAGCCUCUAUGAUUUCUCUUUCUCUUUCCUCACAUCUUCCUUUUACAGCUUCUCUGAGGAGGAUGAACUUGUGGCCUACCUGGAGGCCUCAAGGAAGUGGGCCAAGCGGAGCCACAGGACCUGGGCCCAUGCCCGGCUCUGCUUCCUCCUGGGCCGGCUGAGUGUCAGGAAGGUCAAACUCUCUCAGGCCAGGGUGUACUUUGAGGAGGCUGUGUAUAUCCUUGAUGGGGCAUUUGAAGACCUCCUGGUGGCUGCUCUGUAUAUCAAUCUGGCUGCCAUCUACCUGAGGCAGAGGCUGAGGCAUAAAGGCUCCACUCUGCUGGAGAAAGCAGGUGCUCUGUUGACUUGCCUGCCUGACCGUGAGUCUAGUACCAAGAAUGAGCUCGACGUGGUGGCCUAUGUACUACGCCAGGGCAUUGUGGCAGGCAGCUGUCCUUUGGAGGCCAGGGCCUGUUUCCUGGCCAUCCGAUUGCUCCUAAGCCUAGGCCGGCAUGAGGAGGUCCUGCCCUUUGCUGAGCGCCUACAGCUCCUGUCUGGACACCCUCCUGACUUGGAUGCUACAGCCACCAUCUUAAGUUUUCUGUAUGAUAAAAAAUAUCUUCCACACCUUACAGUGGCCUCCGUCCAGCAACGUGGUACCCAGGGUGGCCAAGGGAUGUCCCUUCCAAUUUGGCAGGUCUACCUGGUUCUUCAGAAUACCACCAAGCUCCUUGGAGUUCCCUUUUCAAACUGGGGUGAAGUUUCUGCCCUGGCCUGCCCAGCACUCAGGCAGGCGCUGGCUGUCUGCGAGGAGCAGAGCAAUUGGAGCACCCAGAGGGCCCUGUGUCUCAUCCUGUCCAAAGUGUACCUCCAACACAGGUCUCCUGAUGGUGCCAUCCAUUAUCUGAGCCAGGCUUUGUUGGUAGGGCAGCUGCUGGGUGAGCAGGAAGCCUUUGAGUCUUCCCUCUGCCUGGCAUGGGCUUAUCUCUUAGCCAGCCAGGCAAAGAAGGCUUUGGACAUCCUCGAGCCACUCCUAUACUCCCAGAAGGAGACACCCCAAAAGGGGGUGGUCCAGAACCUCCUGGGACUUGCACUUCAAGGCGAAGGGUGGGUGAACAGGGCAGCCAAGAAUUAUCUCCGGGCCUUGAACAGAGCAAAGGAAACGGGGAAUGUACGCAACCAGGCAGUGACUUUGGCCAAUCUUGGCCACCUGACCCUUAAGUCCUGGGCUCAGCAGCCAGCCAAGGACUAUCUCCUGCAGGCUGUCCGACUCUAUUCUGAACUCCAGACCAGCAUGGAGACGGACAUGGAAUUAGUACAGGUGCUUCUCUGGUUGGCCCAAGUCCUGGUGCAUGGACGCCAUCUGGCCAGUGGUCGCCUCUGUUAUGAAAUGGCAUUGCUGUUUGGCUUAAGGCAUGGACACCUAAAGAGUCAGCUUCAGAUCACCAAAUCCCUCUGCCAUUUCUACAGCUCUGUAUCCCCAAACCCCAAGGCAUGCAUCACCUACCAUGAGCACUGGCUGGCCCUGGCUCAUCAACUCAGGGACCGAGAGAUGGAAGGGAGGCUGCUGGAGUCCCUCGGGCAGCUCUAUCGAAACCUGAACACACCCAGGUCUCUCAGGAAGUCUCUCAUCUGCAUCAAGGAGAGCCUGCGUAUCUUCAUUGACCUUGGGGAGAACGACAAGGCUGCUGAGGCCUGGCUCGGAGCUGGGCGACUCUACUACCUCAUGCAGGAAGAUGAACUGGUGGAGCUGUACCUGCAGGCAGCCAUCCAGAAAGCCCUGAAGUCUGAGGAGCCCUCUCUGGCUCUCAAACUCUAUGAAGAAGCAGGUGACGUGUUCUUCAAUGGGACCCGCCACAGGCACCGUGCUGUGGAGUAUUACCGAGCUGGGGCUGUUCCUCUAGCAAGAAGGAUGAAAGCCAUGAGAACAGAGCUGCGGGUUUUCAACAAGCUGACGGAGCUGCAGAUCAGUCUGGAAGGCUAUGAGAAGGCUUUGGAGUUUGCCACCCUGGCGGCCAGACUCAGCACAGUCAUAGGAGAUCAGAAGCAGGAGCUGGUGGCCUUUCACCGUCUGGCUACAGUGUACUAUUCCCUGAGCAUGUAUGAGAUGGCUGAGGACUGCUACCUGAAGACUCUGUCCCUCUGUCCACCGUGGCUACAGAGUCCCAAGGAGGCCCUAUACUACGCGAAGGUAUAUUAUCGCCUGGGCCGACUCACCUUCUACCAGUUGAAGGAUGCCCACGAUGCCACCGAGUACUUCUGGCUGGCCCUGGCAGCAGCAGUCCUGCUGGAUGACAAGGAGCUGCAGGACACCAUUAGGAGCAGGCUGGACAUCAUCUGUCGGAGCUCCCUGUGGCACAGCAGCCCCUUCGGGCGCUCCUCGGAGAGGGCGCGGUGGCUGAGUGGUGGGGGGCUGGCCCUCUGAGGGGAGCUGUGCCACAUCUGAUCAGUGGCCUUGGCUGGUGACCAGAGCUGCCUCCCUGCCCUGGGCUCCUACACAGGAGGGUCCAUGUCAUCCCCUGGCCCAGGUCCUGGUCUUACAACGGGGAUGAGCACAGCCCAGAGGGAGAGGGGCUCAUUCCAGGUCGGCCCCACAAGGAGGGGAUGACAGGGCAGGGAUUGGAAGUCCUGGCUCUGUGACUAGAGCCUUCCCAGUAGACUGUGGCCCAUGCACCCGUACAGCCUCUGAAAUGCACUUUCUCAACGUGCAGUUCUCCUAAAGAAAUUGAGAGACCUUGCCCCUAAGGGGGAGCUUCUCUCCUGCCCACAGUGAGGAACCCCGGCACUGCCCUGGAGAGAAGGCAAGCCCUUAGGCCUUUGCUCCCCUCGCUGACUUUUCUCAGGGAAAGCCCCCUCCCCUUGCCGGCAGAGGAACUGGUAGUUUCUGUCUUCCCUUUCCUCAGCCAAAGGAGGUGCCACUCCUCCUGCUCUUGGGGAUCCGUAGGUGGGAAUUCACCAUGCUUUUAGCUCAAAAGAUGGCCUCAGAAUGGCACAGGGCCUGGGGUCUGAUGCCGAUUCAUCUCCAUCCUGCCUGAGGCUCUGCUCCUGCCUUAACCUCUCGGAAACUUCAGGAGGCUCCCCGAGGGCCAAGGCUGAAACACUGAACACUAAGAAAACUAUGACAUAAAUUAUAUGUAAAUAGUGUAUAUGAUUAAAUACUGCUCAUCUA